AAUAAGUCGAGUGCGAAUUUUGUACGUCUCGCAGAGGACUAUAUAAGAGUGCUGGCAGGUGGGAAAGAGCAUCAAAUCACAAACUGCAUUCGCUACACAAGCACCUCAAGUCCUCAAGGAAAAUCAAAGCAAACAACAUGUUCAAGCUGCUGGUUGUCGUUUUCGCCGCCCUCUUCGCCGCUGCUCUGGCCGUUCCCGCUCCAGUUGCCCGUGCCAAUCCCGCCCCCAUCCCGAUUGCCAGCCCCGAGCCCGCCCCCCAGUACUACUAUGGAGCCAGCCCGUACGCCUACUCCGGAGGAUACUACGCUUCGCCCUACUCCUACUACGGCUAAGUGCCCCGGACAAUGCGUUGCAAUGCAAACCGACAAACGACUCGUGAUUAUGCAUCUGAAAACGGAUUACAAAUAUGCGCGUGCUGGUAAAUCAAAUUAGUCAUAAGUGCUUGAAAAACUCAAAAAAAAAUUACAAAAGUUGAACAAAUAAAACG